GAAAGGAAGCAUACCGGUUCAUCAAGUCAAAAAAAGUCAUCUGUAGCAAUGGAAUUAUCAUCGAGCGUUAGUCUGGAAAGUCCAUCGGGAUCCUUUCGACGCGAUAAGCGAUCAAGGAAGCCUACAAUUGUGAUUACGAAUUUGGAUAAUGAUUCCACAGAAGUGGAGGAUAAUUUUAUUGGUGAAUUCGAUGAACUUUCAUCUUCUCCAAUUACUGCAACUCGAAAGCAACCGGUCGUUGUUCCUCAGAUGUCAACAUUAUGCAAUUUUGUGACAAAUGUAAAUGAUGAAAGUAGCAAUAUACCUUCGUCUUCUUCCGUUUCUUCCAAUCAACCAAGUGAUAGUACUCCGGAAAUAGAAGACAAUCAAAUCACUAAAUAUCAUGGAUUAUCAUUAGGGGAUAUAAGCAGUUGUUUGAAUGAAAAUGAUAAGGAAAAAUUAGAUGAAAGGAAAAAGAAAUCAUCGUUACAAAAUUUCCGACUUUAUAAUAUGCAGAUGGAACGAACAUUAAAUAGACAUCGUUCAACGGAUACAUUGCCUUCUCUUACAUCGGCACAAAUUCACUUAAUACGAAAUAUUUGGCGUCAAGUUUACAUAACAAAAGGUCCAACAGUAAUUGGUUCAACUUUAUUGCAUGGAAUAUUUUUUAAAUCGAAAAAAAUAAAAGAGCAAUUCUUUCGAUGUCCAUUUCCUCAUCGUUUUCCCAAUCGUGAUAGCUUCAAUAAAGCACAUGCAAAAGCUAUCGGUGAAUUAUUGGAUAAAGUAAGUGUUUGA